AUGGAUAAUAUAGAAAUAAAAGACACAACAAAGUUGGAACGCGUUGGUGCUCACUCUCACAUUGUUGGCCUUGGCCUAGACAGUAAAUUGCAACCAUUGGACAUUGGAGAUGGCAUGGUUGGACAGGCACCAGCAAGAAAAGCCGCAGGUGUUAUUGUUAACAUGGUUAAGGUAUGUCUUUAUUAUUUUUUGUACUUCAUUGUUUAGGCCCGUUAAUUAUUCGAAAGUUUAGGAAAGUCAAAUUGCUGGAAGAGCUCUUUUGAUUGCUGGUCCGCCUGGAUCAGGAAAAACAGCCUUGGCUAUGGCAAUUUCUAAAGCUAUUGGACAAGAUACACCCUUCGUUUGGCUUUCAGCUAGUGAAAUCUUCUCGGUCGAUGUUAGCAAGACAGAAGCGUUGAUGCAAGCAUUCAGGAAAGCUACUGGAGUACGGAUAAAAGAAGAAACAGAGGUAGUUAAAUGAUUUUUCGAAAUUUAUUUGAAAUUAUAUUUUUUUCUAGAAUAACUUUUUUUUAGGUAUUGGAAGGCGAAGUUGUUCUGGUUGAAAUUGACCGUCAAAAUCCUAACAACUCUCAGAAAACUGGUCGCAUAGCUUUGAAGACAACAGAUAUGGAAGCUGUCUAUGAACUGGGUGCUAAAUUGAUUGAUGUCAUCUUUAAAGAACGCAUAUCAGCGGGUGAUGUUAUACAAAUCCAAAGAGCCGCGGGCAAAAUCACAAAAUUGGGAAGGUCGCUUAACAAACAAAAAGAUUUUGACGCCGUUGGUGCAAGUGUUAAGUUUGUCAACGUUCCAACUGGAGAGAUCCAAAAACGAACAGAACUUGUUCAGACGAUUUCACUUCAUGAUAUUGAUGUGAUCAACAGCAGAACUCAUGGGUAUCUUGCUGUUUUCUCCGGCGAUACUGGUGAAAUCAAGUCGGAAGUUAGGAACCAAAUCAACAAAAAGGUAUAAUUGAAGAUGUGUAUUAUCAAUAUAGUAAUUUUAGGUGAGUGAAUGGCGUGAGGAAAAGAAGGCGUCCAUCAUUCCUGGCGUUUUGUUCAUCGACGAAGUUCAUCUACUUGAUUUGGAAUGCUUCUCUUUCCUGAACCGUAUAAUCGAGAGCGACCUGUCACCUCUUCUUGUCAUCGCUACAAACAGAGGUCAUGUUGCGAUAAGAGGUACAGAACUCGUGUCUCCACAUGGCAUACCUUCUGAUUUAUUGGACAGAUCUUUGAUUAUUCCUACAUUCCCUUACAAAGAAGAAGUAAGUUUAAAUGCUUAUAGCUUUGAUGUUUCAAAACGUUUUACGAUGUCUAUCUAUGUUCAAUUUAAGGAUAUCAAAAAGAUCAUUGACAUUCGUGCUCAAGAAGAAAAUGUGGAAUUGUCAGCAGAUGCCCUUUCUAUUUUGGUUAAAACUGCGGUAAAUUCGACGUUAAGAUACGCAAUGCAACUCAUUUCGACUUCCGAUAUCGUUAGACAAAGACGUAAAGGUGAAAAAGUAAGAUUUCAAUUUUAAAAAUAUCUUUUCGUAGUUCAUGAAGAACUAUGUAAAACUAAACAUCAAUUUAAAAAUUCCAAUUUUUUUUUGCGCAAUGACAUCCUCCACUUUCUAGGUCGAGAUCUCAGAUAUCAAAAAGGUUUACAACUUGUUCCUAGAUCUCCCCCGUGCUUCGAAACUGGCACAUGAUGAUUUCCUCCAUUAA